AUGUCUCUGCCGCAGCACUCCCCACAAGAUGCUCUAACAGAGAAAUCACAUGCACAGAUCGUCGCCGAUGACAUGUUUCUGGUCGCCUUUGAAGCAACAAGUGACUCUAGCAAUCCCAAGGACUGGCCUCUUCUCCGGAAAUGGGCCGUCACCUCUGUCCUCUCCGUCACCGGCUUCAAUAGAAUCAUGGUAUCAACCAUCAUGGCACCAGCUCUGCCAUACAUGUCUCGGGAACUGCAGAUGGACUCGGUCGAGUCCCUGAUGGCCCUUUCCGUGUACCUCCUUGCGACGGCUGUUGGACCGCUCUUGAUAGGACCGGCCAGUGAACUGUAUGGUCGUGCCCCGAUUCUGCACUCCACAAAUGUCUGGUUCUUCAUCUGGAACCUGGUCUGCGGCUUCGCCCACAACAAGGCAACACUCAUUGCAUCUCGUCUCCUCGCCGGCCUUGGUGCCAGCGCCAUCUACUCUUUGGGCAACGGCGUACUGGGAGAUGUCUGGCCACCACAUCAACGAGGACGGUCUAUGGGCAUCUACCAGCUCAUCCCAUUGCUCGGUGCGGCGGUAGGGCCGAUCCUCGGCGGCUUCAUCGUGGCCCAUACGACCUGGCGGUGGAUUUUCUGGUCAACGUCGGCACUGCAGGCUGUCGCCAUCGCCUUCUCGUUUCUCGUCUUUCGCGAGACAUACGCGCCCACUAUCCUUGAGGCGAAAGCAUCCCAACUGCGCAAGUCAACGGGCGACGAUCGCUACCACACUCAGACCUCUUGGGCGACCGCAGGCGUCCCAUUCAGUUCCGUCGUGCUCGACAGUCUCUCACGGCCGUUGCGACUCCUUCUGUUCCAUCCCGUCAUUCAAAUACAAACACUACUGUCGGGCUGGAACUACGGGCUGCUUUACCUCGUCCUUGCAACAUACUCGUCACUCUGGACCGGGCACUAUCAUCAGUCAGUCUCCAGCUCCGGCCUGCACUAUCUUGCCAUGUGCCUUGGCGAGAUCUUCGGCGCACAGAUUGGAGGGUUUUUGAUGGAUCGCCUGUACCGGUAUCUUGCCUCGAAACACGCCCCCGCAGAACCGAAAGCAGAAUUUCAUAUCCCUCUGAUGACCCCAGCAUACAUCAUGGCUGCGUCCGGCCUCCUCAUUUACGGCUGGACGGCGCACUACUUGCGUCCCUGGCCCGUAGUCGACAUCGGCGCUUUCCUCCUGACUUUUGGCAUGACAGUCAGUGGGCAGGUCAUCAAUUCGUAUGUUAUCGAUUCGUACCCAGACCACGUUGCCAGUGCCUCAGCAGCAGCACAGCUUGUUCGGAGUCUCACAGCUUUUGGCUUCCCGCUGUUUGGGCCAGCCAUGUUCGGUGGCUUGGGUUACGGUUGGUCGAAUACGCUGCUUGCAAGCAUAUCUUUAGUACUGGGACUGCCAUCUACGAUGCUGCUCUGGCGGUGCGGAAGCAAGCUCAGGGAAAGGAUUCUGGGUAGCUCGGGAUAA